AUGCAAAACUCACUGCGCAAUAUGGGUUUCCUCGCUCACCAAUACAAGGAAGCUUUAUGCCUAUCAGACGCCUUCAGGGAGACUUCGGCACCCCUUCUCAACCAAUUCCUUUAUCGCUUCAAGCUCAUUCGUAACUUUGUCGAACGGACCGGUGAAGGUUUCAUUAUUCAUAUUUUUGAUUUCAGGUUUUUCAAGCGCUGCCAGACCCACAGUCUUGAUGUCCCCGAUCGCCGCUGGAAGAUGACCAUCAUCUGCCUUGCCAGUUAG